AUGGCGCGCGCGACAGGGAGGUCGACGACGACCGCGAUCUCGGUCACGGUGAUCGUCCCCACGUACGAGGAGCGGGAGAACAUCGGGGUGUUGUAUCGAUUGAUUCGCGAGAGCGAAGACGCGUUCGCGGACGCGCGCGGGAAGUGGGAGAUUGUGAUCGUGGACGAUAACUCCCCGGAUGGCACCGCGGACGUGGUCAGGCGAUUGCGAGCGGCGUAUGACGAUCCGUUGUUGAUUCUGAGCGAACGACCGGGGAAGUUGGGGUUGGGGACGGCGUACGCGCACGGAUUGAAAUUGGCGCGCGGGGAGGAGAUCGUCAUCAUGGACGCCGACCUGAGUCACCAUCCGAGGGAUAUAGGGAAGUUUUUGAAGCUGAGGCGGGAGAGAGACUUGGACGUGGUGUCGGGCACGCGCUAUCUUCCGGGUGGGGGGGUACACGGAUGGGAUUUUCGUAGGAAAUUGACGAGCAGAGGCGCCAACUACUUGGCGCGCGUCAUGCUCGCGCCUGGCGCGAGCGACCUCACGGGAAGCUUCCGGUGCUACAAAAAGAAUGCGCUCGAGACUUUGGUGGCGAGCUCGGGAUCUAAGGGAUACGUGUUUCAGAUGGAGAUCAUUGUUAGGGCAAAAAAGUCUGGCAUGUCCGUCGGAGAGGUUCCCAUUACGUUCGUCGACCGCAUGUACGGAGAGUCCAAACUGGGCGCGUCUGAAAUCGUCGGCUACCUCAAAGGUCUCGUUCGACUCUUUUUCGAGCUGUGA